AUGACAGUAAUCCAUAAAGAUGCUAAGCCAUCUAUUUAUCAGAAUCAUCAAUCAUCAUCCAGUAUCAAAACAACAUCAACUUCAAAGAUAAUAACAUGUAAAUUUAAACAAAAAUUAAUCAAAUUAAAGAUCAAACUCAAAUUUAACAAAUUUAAAAGACAUAAAAAUAAUAAAUCAACUUAUUACGAUUAUUAUAAGAGUGACCAAAUUACAAUAGUUGAUGAGAAAAUUAUCCACCCUGUAACAAGUACAAACACUAUCAUAAAUGAGAAAUCAGAAUAUAAACUAAAGAAUGAAACAUUACCAAAUGGAACUGAUUUUAUAACAACAACUAUAAAUGAGAAAAAUGUGACUCACGGUCAUGAUCAGGAAAAGAAAGAAAUCGAAAUUAAACCACCACCACCUUAUAAACAAAUAGCAUCACCAAUACGGCAAAAACAACAACAACAACAACAACAACAACAACAGCAACAACUACAACAACAAAAUACAUCUCCAGCUAAGUUUCACCCACAAGUAAUCAAAUUCAAAUCACAAUUAAAUCAAUAUUAUCAAAAUCAUCAAGAUGAAUUAUAUACUUCAUUUACGAGUUUAAAAAAGUAUAAUGAGAAUAUGUCAUUACAAUAUCAUACAUAUCAGUUACUUAAAAAGUCAAAAAAUCAAGUACGUAACUUUUCCCACCUUAAUUUUGAAUUAUAUUUUAAUGAAUUACAUUUUCAAUCUCAUUUUAAACAAUUAUAUGUUGUAUUGUUGAUUUAUGUAAUAAUUUAUAUAUUCACAUUAAUAUAA